CGGAGUCAACGGAGAGUCUCGAGACAUCGAAGGGCGGUUUACAUUGUGUUAAUAAAAAUGAUAAACUGUUGUGUGCUUAUAAAAGUGUAGUGUGCAUUGUGUGUUGUGUGUACGAGAAAAAAAAGGAAGAGACAGUUUGGUGCAUUUUUGUUGUUUAAAAGAGUUUUCUUUUUUAAACGUCAUAAAGCCUAUGAAAUUUAUUGACGUUUUGAAAAAUUGAAAGAAAAAUGGAUAUUCUAACAAAUAUUUCCUCAACGUUCUGGUCACCUGAUAUUUGGUUACCUCCGAAUACGACAUGGGACGACAUCGCGCCGAAUUCAACGAAUAAAUAUGCCGACUAUAGACACUUAUUAUUACCAAUUUCAAUGGCCUUUAUUCUUUUGGGAAUCAGAUAUGCUAUCGAAAGGUAUUGUUUCAGUCCAGUUGGAAAGUGGCUUGGAAUAAAAACAAAUCGAAGCAAGAAAGCACAGCCUAAUCCAAUAUUGGAAAAAGCCUAUGUCAACAAACAGAUAAAACAUAAACAGUUAUUAGCCUUGGCGAAGCAAGUGGAUUGGAGUGAACGACAAGUUGAAAGAUGGCUGAGGUUAAGACGGUCUCAAGACAGACCGUCGACUCUAACGAAGUUUUGUGAAAACAGUUGGAGAUGUUUAUAUUAUUCGUACUCAUUUAUUUAUGGUCUCGUCGUUUUAUGGGACAAACCAUGGCUGUGGGAUAUAAAGCAUUGUUAUUACAACUAUCCAUACCAUGCGGUAACAAGUGACAUUUGGUGGUAUUAUAUGGUAUCAAUGGCAUUUUAUUGGUCACUGAGUUUCUCUCAGUUCUUCGAUGUGAAGCGAAAGGAUUUUUGGCAAAUGUUCGUCCAUCAUAUAGCGACAAUUGUACUCAUGUGCUUUUCCUGGGUAGGAAACUUGACCAGAAUUGGAUCUCUUGUUCUCGUUGUACAUGAUUGUGCCGAUAUUUUCCUAGAGGCUGCUAAAAUAGCAAAAUACGCGAAAUACCAAAAAGUAUGUGACUUCAUUUUUGUAAUUUUCACAAUUCUAUGGAUUUUUACACGUAUGGGAGUUUAUCCAUUUUGGAUUAUUUAUAGUACGUCCGUAGAAGCACCUAAGUUAUUACCAAUGUUCCCUGCGUACUAUAUUUUCAACGCUCUGCUAUGUUUAUUAUUAAUUCUCCACGCUUUUUGGACAUGGUUAAUAUUAAGGAUAGCGUACAAUGCCUUUUGUGCUGGUCAAAUGGAAGGCGAUAUUCGAAGUGACAGUAGCGAAGACAUUUCUGAUAUUUCAGUGAAUAAUACACCGGUUAAUAAUUCUUUAAAUCACACUAGUAAACAUAAUUCUAAGCAAAAGUCAAACUAACGGAAAAUAAAAACCUGUUCACUCUAGGUACAAAUCAAUUUUUUUUUUAAAUUACGUAUAUAAAAGAAAUCAUUCUCUAGCUUUGAUGAUAAAAAAAGAAUUCCAAAAGAUUUAAUUUUUUUUCCACACUAGAGAUGUGAUUGAUGAUAAUUUUUCUCAUUGGCAUUAAGUUGAAAUGUAUUGUGAAUUUUUUGAUGCACCAAACUUUAUUUUAUCUUUAAUAUUUUUAUGAUCAAUAAGCGCUUUUAUACGAGAAAAAACUAGUUGAAGUUAGAUACUUACAUUCGUCAUCUAUUCAUCCAACCAAAAGAUCACAAUUGUCAUUAAGUAGACGUAAUAAAGUAUUAAGUUAAUUUCAA